AUGACCAAGGAAUGGUUUCCACUUACCGGUGCGGAUCGCAAGAUCAAAGAUGAUGACGAUGAUGCGGAGGAUUUUAACGAAUGUUUACAAAACUACAAAGUGGGAGACAUCUCAAGCUGCAUCACGGGUUGCGCUUCGUUGUUGCGAAACGCCCCUGACUUGAGCUUUCUUUUGAAAGUCCGUGUGUGGUGCCUGCAAGCUGUUGCAUUGGUCUCCUCGCCAUCUCCCUGCGCCUGCGGCCACGAAGACAAGAGCAAGGUGGAACCGGCGAUCUUCGCCCUGCGCUGUGCCUAUCUGGGCGAAGCAGACGCUGGCCGAACGAUGGAGGAGGAGCACCGGCACCUGCGGCCGCUGUUGCCGGCCCCGGUGCCGCCACCGGCACCGCCGCCGCCGGUGGCGAAGGCUGAGAAGGCCCCGCAGGCGGUGCCGGCACCGCGGGGGGAAAUCUGCCCCACGUGCCAUCAGCGAGUGGAGAAGCUGAAAAACCAUAAGAAGAAGUGUCCACAACGGCAGGUGCCCUGCAAAUUAUGCAAGACACAUUGCAGUUUCGGGAGUUUGGAGAAGCACAUGAGAGAUGAAUGCGAAAAUCGGGAUGUGAACUGCGACAAGUGCGACGCCCCUAUGAAGUACAAAGACCUGAAUUACCACCAGCUGUGCCAAUGUGAGUGCGGCCUGGUGCGCUGUCAGAACGAUGGUUGUGGCUGGAGUGGCUUCCGGCGCAGCGAAGCGGACCAUAGGCUGAAGUGUCUCUAUUUGAAGGUGACCUGCACUCACUGCCUGAUGGAACUGAUACAAAAGGAAAUGCCAGGGCAUCAAUGCGACCGAGUGGACAUGAGCGCUCCAUGCAGCGUGUGCUUGGAGUCCUUCUCCCGUCUGGAGCGGAAGGAGAUCCCACCGGUGAUGAUGCUCAUCAACAACAGGCGUUCCUGCGCGCACGCGCAUUGCCUGAAGUGUGCGCAAAGUUGGUACCAACGCAACGCAGAACAGGGGCUGGCACCUUGCCCUGUGUGUCGUGCAGAGUACGACAGCACCACGCCCUUCCCGGACUAUUUGCUCCAAAGGGAGACCAAGCGCCGCCGCACGCAGCAGCCCGUGAUACGGCCGCCGCUGCCGCGGCAGGAGGAGAUGACACCCGGGAAGCAGUUCUUCGUGUCGCCACUGGAUGUGCGCUUUACCCACGAUAGCAUUUCGGAGUGCUUUUCCCCAUACGUCAAGGACGGCGAACAGCUCACCAACAAGGAGCGCCUGAAAGUUCUCUCCAGCGCCAAAGAGCUGUUGGAUGGCGAUGAGGAACCCAAGGCGCUUGAGAUGUUGGAUGUCGUGUGGUACCAGAAAGAAUUGUACGUUGCAGGAACCUUCAACCGUCGCUUGUGCAUGUACCGCCUGCUGGCCCUCUUUGCCACGGAACGAUUUGGCUUAAUUAAGGUGCAGGUCAAGAGUCAGGAUGAACUUCGGCAGAAGUUCAGCAAGUCCCUGACCACCAAGUGCAAAGGAAGAGUUCAUCCUUUGGAUCAGGACAGGGACUUGGGGCCCGAGAAACCGGAGACAGGACAAACCGUCAAGAUCAGGACGCAGAACAACAACUCCGAGGAGUUUCAAGUGGGACAGGCACGUGUGUCCCACAUCAUUUUUCGGGGUGGUAGGCCAAAGCCACGAUUCAGCACUGCCUUGCCGCCUGGCCAGUCCCGAGAAGAGCUGCACUGGCCGGAGGCGGUGGAAGCUUUAGGAGGUGGUGAUUUGGAAGAGAUGUCGCCGAGCCAAAGUGAGACUGAGGAGGAAACGCCAUCUCCGUUGCAGACCCCGGUGCAGAGCAAGCAAUCGCCAUCGGACCUCGAUCGGGUCAUCGCCGCCACCGCGGAGUUUCAUCGCAUGCCCCUGGAUCAAGUCCGACAAGUUCUGCGCCACCUCACUGAGGAGCAACGCUGGCUGACGUGUAAACGUUUCAGACAUGACCCAGAAUUUGGUGGCACAUAUCCAGCCAUUAAGCGAUUCGAGAAGUACGUGCAAUCCUGCCUCAGCAACGGCUUUCUGGAACGGCAUUCGAUGGACAGGGAUUCGGAUGGCUGUUUCGAGAAGAUUUUGAAGGCCAGUGGUGUUCAAAAUCCAGGCAGCUUCUGGGAGGAGUCUCAGGAGCGAAAUGACUUGGCCCUUGGUGCAAUGAGCACAGAUCCUGGUGCACCGGCCUUUCCGCCCCCGGCCAGCCGUGCGGCGUGCGCCGCCCGCUCGCUGUCGCCCAGAAAAGCCGCGGCCUCUCGAACCUUCCCAGAGCCGCGACCGCCGUCAAUGGCAGAAGGGUCAGCAGGUGCUGGGGCUGCUGGAAAUUCGAGCGUGAGUUUCAAGGCGCCCCCCGCGACCUUCGGCCGCGACCGCUCGCCCGGCCGCUCCAGUGUCAAGGCGCCGCCCAGCUGCCGCGAGCCGCGGCCACCGGUGAAGGCGCCGCCGCCUCCGCCUCCGGCGCCGUCAUCGGCGUCGGAGGCCCGUGGCGGGGCGGAGGAGGUUUCAGAUGGCCAGCUGUGGAUGGGAAAAAUCAUGAACCAAUGCAGUUAUGGAUGGAUCUCCAUGUUAUUGUUGUGGUGA